AAAAUACUCAGUGUAGUUUAAAAAAUCCUGACUGUUCAGGUUUAUUUUUGUUUGGAAGGAAUUCCAGCUUCUUUGUUGGUGAAAUGAGUUUUAUGUUUCAUUUGCGUGAAAGUCAUGAAUCAUUACGGCUGAAAAUACCUGGUUUUUCCUGCUGGUGCAAAGUGCAUAAGGAGUGGGGCAUCACCUCCUGACUUCCAUAAUACACAGGCAGCAACAUAAGAAUAACCUGGAAUUCAAGGGGUGGUUUUGUUUUUUAGACAAAUGGACAUGAUGGUUAGAGUCCAAGAGCAUGAGGGCUGGAGCAGCGCCAGUGACAGCACUGAUUUACAGACACCGUUUAGAAAAAGAAAAAUACCAGGUGCAAGUCAACCAGGGUAGCAAACAUUUUAACAAUUCACAACAGUCAGAGGUGAGCAGAGUACCCAAAAAAUUGUACUUAAACAUAGUUUACCUCAAGUGAGAGUAAAAAGAGCCUGUUAAAUUUUGGGAUGGCUUUUGCAGUACAACCAGUAUAAACAGGAGGUGGCAGCAAUUCGCCGUACCUCCCUUAAUACCAAGAAGCGAUAUGUCCCUGACCAAUAUGGCGGCCCCGUUCACGUAUGGCUGUGGCGGGCUUCGACAGGACGUCACCGGAAGCAGCAUUUGUUUACCUCUGGAGACCUCAAAGACUCCGGAAUCUAAAGUUUGUCGUCCAACUGACUUUGUGAACUGAACCGUUAAGACAACAUGGCUUCAAAUUUAGAAGAGGAACUGUCCUGCCCCGUUUGUCGGGACAUCUUCAGAGACCCCGUCCUCCUGUCCUGCAGCCACAGCUUCUGCAGGGCCUGUCUGGGCAGGUGGUGGGCGCAGAAACAGAUCCGGAAGUGUCCGGUCUGCAACUGGGACUCCGACCGCAAGGAGCCCACGUGCAACCUGGUGCUGAAGAACACGUGCGAGGCUUUCCUCCUGGAGCGCGAAGAUGUCUGCCAGCUGCACUCAGAGAAACUGAAGCUGUUCUGCUUGGACCACCAGCAGCCGGUGUGUCUCAUCUGCAGGGACUCCAAGCAGCACAGCGGCCACGUCUUCCGGCCCGCAGCCGAGGUGGCGCAGGACCGCAGGGAGGCGUUGCGGAAGUCCAUCAUGCCCCUCCAGGAGAAACUCAAGCUUUUCACAAAAGUCAAGGAAGACUUGGACCUGACUGCCCAACACAUUCACUCCCAGGCCCGACUCACAGAGGCCAGGAUACGGAAGGAGUUCAGGAUGCUGCAGCGGGUUUUGCGUGAUGAAGAGGAGGUCAGGGUGGCUGCGGUGAAGGAGGAAGAGGAGCAGAAGAGUCUGAAGGUGAACGAGAAGAUUAAGGUUCUAGACGGAGUAAUGACUGCUCUGUACGACACCAUCAAAUCUGCAGAGAGGAAGCUGAGAUGUAAAGACGCUGCGCUCCUGCAGCGCUCCAGCGCUGCAGGAGCGGAGCAGCAGCGCCCCCUGCCGGAGCUGCCCCGGCCGGCUGCAGGCGCACUAAUGGAUGUGGCCAAACACCUGGGCAACCUGCGCUUUAACACCUGGAAGAAGGUCAAACACGUGGUGUCCCGUACGCCAGUGGUUUUGGACCCAAACACGGCCGGACCGGGACUUAUCAUCUGCGAGGAUCUCGCUGCGGUCAGGCGGGGAAGCAGACAGAAACUCCCCGGGAAUCCCGAGAGGUUCGAGUCGGAGGGGAUCGUUUCGGCCUCCAGGAGCUUCACUGCGGGGGUCCACUUCUGGACCGUGGAGGUGGCAGACUGCAGCAGCUGGUUCGUUGGCGUUGCAGAAGAAUCGUUCAAAAGGAAGAAACCGAUUCAGUUCAGGUCAGGAUUGUGGGCUGUUUGUUUUUCCAAAGAAAAAUAUUCCUAUUUCUCCCCUGGAACGCCCGCCAGCUUCCACGUUACAGGAAAACUGCAGGCAAUCCGGGUCCAUCUGGACCUGGAGAGGGAAAAACUGUCUUUUACCGACCCCAGAACCCUCAAGCACAUCUGCACCUUCUCACACAGCUGGUCGGAGAAAAUGUUUCCGAUCUUUUACGUGGGAGGCGUCAAACCGAUGAAGAUAUUACCGUCAGAGGGCGGCGGGCCGGAAGACGAGGACAGCAAGGAGUAGGACGCCAUUAGGAUGAGGACAGACAUUAGGAUGAGGGCAGACAUUAGGAUGAGGACAGACAUUAGGAUGAGGACAGACAUUAGGAUGAGGACAGACAUUAGGAUGAGGGCAGACAUUAGGAUGAGGGCAGACAUUAGGAUGAGGGCAGACAUGUUCCUCAGGGAAGUGAAGCGGCUCAUCCUGUCAGGAGACGCUUCUCCAUUACAAUCUUUGUCUAUUGCUGCGUUUCCAUUAACCAUAAAAUUGCAAUUAUGAGAAUAAAUUUGCUUAAUGGAAACACGAAAAUCGUAUUUAGCAAAAAUGCAAUGAAACACUUUUCCCCCACAUUACAGUAGAUCAACAGCCGGAUAUCACUGCUGCUGAAAACAGGGAAGUAGGAAGUAGGAUGGUGAAUAUUUAAUUUUAUUUUAGAACAAUGUGCAGCUGGCUCCAUCAUAGUUCUCACAGCAUCAGGGUUCAUAAAUAGUUGUGCAUCAUCGUGUUGAAUCCAAAGCUCUUCUGUAAAACUACAAUUUCCCAAAACGUUGCUUACGUUGCCGGCUCCAAAAUAGGCGGGGCUUGUUGUAGGACACUAAGGUUUCCUCUGAUGGCUGAAUUAUGAACACAUGUCAUCCAGCGUCACUUCCUCCUGCCCUGAUUUUAUUUGAUCAAAAAACAAACAGACCGCUGCCUGUCGUCAUCUUCGUCUUCGCUGGCAGUGGUGACGUCAGGCUGUUGGUCACGUGACUCGUGUGAUUUUUAACAGUCUUUCCAUUGCACUCUGGACAAGUCCAUUCAUUAAGGCUGAAAAAACACCUCAUUUCAGCGCAAAAUCUGUCAUGGAAAAACUCCAGUUUUUUCAAAAUUGGUGUGUUUCCAUUAAGCAAAUUUAUUUUUGUAACUUCAAUUUUACGGUUAAUGGAAACAUAGCUGGUGUUAAAUUAAAAAUGGUGAAUUAUACUGAAAUGAUGCUGCAACAGAACCGUCACCGCCAGAGUUUACAGUGUUUAAAACAAACAGAAGGGAGAUUUCUUCUAAAUUAGGAAUAAAUAAUCCUAUAAAUGAAUGAAUCAACACAUUUGUAUGGAAAAGGAUUCAGGAUUAAAUAAUUCAGAAAUUAAUCUCAAAGUUCAGAGUUUAGACUCAGAAUUCUGACUUCUU